AUGGACAGCACCUGGGAGUCCCUGCAAGGCAUCAUCGCCCGGGCGCUCCCGCACAGGGACCCUGCGCUCGCCUUCAAGGACCUGAACGUGGUGGCAAUCCUGCAGGAGUUCUGGGAGAGCAAGCAGAAGCAGAGGGCCGUGUUCCCGAGCGAGGGCACCGUGCGCUACGAGUCGCUGAGCUCCCUGGGCCCCCCGUUCGUGAGCUACGUCACCCUGCCAGGGGGCAGCUGCUUUGGCAACUUUCAGAACUGCUUCAGCAGAGCAGAAGCAAGGCGAGAUGCUGCAAAAGUGGCUUUGAUCAAUUCUCUCUUCAAUGAGCUGCCUUGUCGCAGGAUCACCAAGGACUUCAUCGUGGAAAGUGUUCGGGAGGCUGUUUCCUCAACCAGUGGUAACUUCAAGGAUGCUGAUGACCCAAGCACUAGCAUUGGAGCCUAUCACUACAUGCUGGAGUCAAACAUUGGAAAGACAAUGCUGGAAUUUCAGGAGCUGAUGAUCAUCUUCCAGCUUUUGCACUGGAAUGGCAGCCUUAAAGCCCUACGUGAAACCAAGUGCUCCCGGCAGGAAGUAAUUUCCUACUACUCCCAGUAUUCCUUAGAUGAAAGGAUGAGAAGCCACAUGGCCCUGGACUGGAUUACAAAGGAGCAAGAAUCUCCUGGAAUUAUCUCUCAAGAGCUGCAAGUGGCACUUAGAGAACUGGAGGAAGCCAGGAAAGCGGGGCAGGAGCUGAGGUUUUACAAAGAAAAGAAAGAAAUACUGAGCUUAGCCCUAAGUCAGAUCUACAGUGAUCAAGCUGCCUCUUCCUCACAGGAUGAUCAAAUGAGCUUAGCACUGCAUGGCUACCACUAACCUUGAAGAAGCUGUUUGAUGCUGAAGGAUAAAGUGUGCUCGUUUCUGUUGAAAAAGCCACAUGAAUAAACUGGUAAUAUUCUUUUCCCGGCUGUUUUAACUUCUGUAUUAGGAGCACUGGAAGCUUUUUUCUUUUAAAUUUUCAUUUUCAUGGACAGAAACUAGGAGUCAACGAAGUAAUGCUACUGCGCCAUACAUAAACCAUAAAAGGGGAAAAAAAAGCCGAACACUCUCAGGGCACUCUGGAACUUGAGAUGUUGUUUUGCUCAAAGACGGUCUUCUUUUUCCUUGACAAAGCUGCAAAAGCUACGGCCUGCUCGCAGUCAGGGGCCAACAGAGUCCUGCCUGCUGCUCGCGGAGGUGCCAGCCGAAGCGCCCCUGCUCUGCCGGCAUUCGAGGGCAGGAACAGCCUUCCCAGCUCAAAAGCUGCACCACACAACUAGUGCUCCAGACGUCACCCACUUCCAUCUCCGCUCAAGCCAAACAAGACAUUGCAAAGUGGUAGGAGAAUAAAUGACUAAAAUUUCAAGAUUGAUCAUGUUCUGCCUACUACCAAAAAACAGAUUUCGAGAGAUAAUAGUUUCGCUACAGCUUCAGAAAACUGCCAUGCCCUGAUUCUGCUGUCAAGUACGAUCUUCCACCAGGAGAGAUGUCUCUUUUUCUUCCCUUUCAUAGGAGAGAUGUUCACAUGCACUGAAGCAGAGAGCUCCUGAGCUUCAAGUUGCUGCCUUCCCACACGGUGUCAGCCCCACGUUCUGCUGAAGUCACCACCCCAGGAGCACAGUGAGCAGCAGCCCAAACCCACACUUGUCAGACGGCUACUCAGGCUGCUGCUGAAGGCAGAAAUGUGCCGAGAAGCCAGACAAGGAACACAGACAUGUGGCUUCCCAGUACUUCUGCUCUCUAGUUGCUUCUGCAGGAAUGAACACCUGGCAGAACUGUAGUCUAAACCAUCUCAGUGACUUCAGCAAAAAACUCCUAGCGUUGUUAAAAUAUACUUUAAAUAUUAUGUAUUUCAACACAAAAGAGAAAGACACUACACCAUUUUUUCACCCUACUAAAGUCUCUAGUACUAGCACAGACACAGCUACGCCACAAUUCCAAAAGAAGAGAGCCCUAGGAACUGGUGAGCAAGAACGAUGCUGCUGCCAAACCAUUCCCACUACUGCUAAUUGCGUCCUCACCACAGAGGCUGCAGGUGGCACCUUGUGAAGGUACCUGGGCCCUCUCAGGAGGGACACACGAUGC